AUGUCCCAUAUGAGGAUAUUUAGUAUUAUCGGGGCUCUUUUGUGGAGCAUGCAACUCAGACUGGGAACAAGCUGUAUUUUGCCUACCGCGCAUGCCACCUCAGCUGUGGCGAGCUCAGAGAGUCCUUCAACCGCCUCUGCUAUCUUCCAGACUGGACAAUUCCCAUCAGCCAAUCCUUCCAGGCCUACAAACCAGCAAAACAAGGACUCUCCCGCUGCCCACACACUGACGAAAUUUGUGACCACCAUUCUAGGAGGGGGACAAGGAUCUCCGACACCGACCUCAACACAGACACUCUCCAAUAGCGCAAGUUUUAACUCUGUUCCACCCCUACAGCCAACCCAUGGUCUGGAUCAAAAGUUGUCGGCGUCACAAUCUAGAUCCCACUUAUCAACCAAUUUAGCUGGUGCGGGUACUACUUCUGCCCCAAGUACUACAUUGAGCAGCUUAGAUCAUAGCCAGUUUGAUGCCAAAGCUACCCUGACCACUUCUUCCCGUCUACAGGAUGCUUCAAAAAGCGCCAUAGCGGGCAUGGCCACGCAAGAUUCCACCAACAACACCACCAGGAUAUUGGAAGUGCAGGUAUUGCCGUCCGCUGGGUCUGAUAGCGACUCACAUGGCUCCAUAUUUAAGCCGAACUCUCUCAUGGCACAGCCCGGGGAGAUCGUGAAGUUUUAUUUUCAUGAUUCCUACCUGCUUCGAAUGACGAGCCUAGAGGAUCCCUGCUCUAUUUUCCCUAGCAGUUUGAACGAACCUUGGGGGUCAGAGUCGAUGGUAGCGUCAUAUCAACUUCCCGUUCAGUCUGCCAGCCCAGUGUGGCUCCAUGUGAACCUGAAUGAUCCGGAAUAUACCUGCGAUAAUCGGACGGUCUUUGCCAUCAAUCCUGGAGACCAUAUGAAUGACUUUCUCGCUCAUGCUGUGUCAUCAAAUUGACUGACCAGCUCUAUUCGUUUUGUACGUUCCCGCGCUCAAUUUGAAUUAUGAUAUAUCUC